CCGUGUUCACUUAGCACUCAACGUCGCGUUCCACGGCAGUUGAUUUCUUCGGUACCAAUCCAGACUCGACUCUCCGCGGUUAUAAAUAAUAAGCCAACAAAACGGCCAAGUGAAGUGACUGAGACAUGUUAAGCCUUCUGCCGGUAGUGUGGCUCCUUUGGGCCAGUACGCUGCCAGUGCCGCAGGCCACGGGCCAGAUUAUUCCACUGGCCACCUUCUGCCAGGGCGCGAGUGAGCCGUGCACCUGUGCCGCCGAGGCAAACGUGGUGCGUUUCCACUGUCCGGAUGAGUACGCCAUGCUGCUGGAGGUCUCCGAGCCAGGAGCAUCGCUGUACCUCAGCUACUACGCCGUAGAUGAGGUGCACUGGCUGCCAAGCUUCAACAUCAGCCGCCUGGUAAAGAUCGAGUUCGAUGCCUACUCCUUCUGGCCGGAGACGUUCUUGGAGGAGUUGCUGCACACCAUGGGAGUGACGCAGGUGAAGACGGUCCUGUUUCGGGACCGCACAGCAGAGACAGUGGUCACACGGGACGUCCUAAAUGUGACCGGCGGAUAUCAGAACUCGAGUCUGGCCGGGAACAUCUCCACCUGGCACUUCGGAGCGCUGCCCGGCCUGAAGAAGUUCAAGUUCUACAGCGACGUACAGGAGUUGCAGGAGUCGAUUUUCCACGGAUUCGACAGUCUGACCGAGUUGCUGCUCAGAGUGGAGGUAUCGAUGCUGCCGGGCAACCUGCUCUCCACAGUGACCAACACCCUGGAAACCCUGACCAUCGAAAGUCCGGGCAUGGUAAAGUUCGGGCAUCCAUUGCUCACCGAACUCAAGCAGCUGCGGAACCUGAGCCUGCUCCUGACCGAUCCGCAGCGCGGCCGGAACGAUCAGUUCCAGCCGCACUUGUUUGGGUCCAUGAAGCAGCUGAUGGAGGUGCGACUGGCUCGGGCCACGGGAAAGGUCAACCGGAAAAUGUUCAAGGGCACCGAGAAGCUGCAGCUCAUCAAGAUAAAUGGAAACGAUGACCUGAUAGAGCUGCCGGGGGAGGUCUUUCGCGACCAGGUCAAUCUGAAGACGCUCGACCUGUCGUGCAACGCCCUCAACCACUUGCACGAUGACGCCUUCCUGGGUCUGGGCAAUCUCACCCUUUUGGAUCUGUCCAAAAACAAACUGACUGACUUAUCAAGCACCAUUUUUGCAGCACUCGCUUCGCUGAAUGUAUUGCGGCUCAACAAGAACUCCCUGACGGCGAUGUCGCCCAACGUGUUCCGGGACGUGCCCAGUCUGAACUACAUCGAGAUGGUGAACACUCAGUUCUACGGGGCCACGCUCCUCAUGAGCUACGAGGCGGUGGUGUGCACCAACGACGAGACCUGCCAGUACAAGUCGGCGGAGUGGCAGUGCGAUCCUCGCUGCAUCUGCUGGGUGCAGCGGGACGUAAGCGUCCUGAUCGUGGACUGCCGGGGCACCAGCAUCGAGCACCUCCCGGUGCUGCCGCGCACCACGUUGGUCAGCACAGUGGUCAAGGUGGGAAACAACAGCCUUAGUCGACUGCCCACCGUCGGAGAGCACAGGGGUUACGCGAAUGUGAGUGGACUUUUUCUCGCAGACAACCAGCUGACCAGCCUGGGAUCUGGUGACCAGCUUCCCGAUAAUCUUACCCAUUUGGACGUUCGUCGCAAUCUAAUUGACGAGGUCAGCGAGGAGUUCGUGGAGUUCCUGCAGCAGGCAAACAACACCAUGACGGUGUCGCUCUCGGGGAAUCCCAUCUCUUGUGACUGUGCCGCCCUGCCCCUCCUGUUCUUUGUGCGCACCAAUCCGCAACGGGUGGUGGACAUCGCGGAUGUGAUGUGCACGAAGCAGAAGAAGGCUCUCCAGCGGAUGGAGGCCUUCGAGCUGUGUCCCUCGUAUGUCCUGCUCAUCAGCUGCGUGGUCGGGGGCCUGGUGAUCGUUGGCUGCCUGCUGACUGUGUUCUACCUGAUGUUCCAGCAGGAGCUGAAGAUCUGGAUGUACAACAACAACCUGUGCCUGUGGUGGGUGUCUGAGGAGGAGCUGGACAAGGACAAGACCUACGACGCCUUCAUCUCGUACUCGCACAAGGAUGAGGAGCUGAUCAGCAAGCUCCUGCCGAAGCUGGAGAGCGGUCCUCACCCAUUUAGGAUCUGCCUGCACGACCGUGACUGGCUGGUUGGCGACUGCAUUCCGGAGCAGAUUGUCCGCACCGUUGACGACUCUAAGCGGGUGAUCAUCAUACUGUCGCAGCACUUUAUUGAUUCGGUGUGGGCCCGCAUGGAGUUCCGCAUCGCCUACCAGGCCACCUUGCAGGAUAAGCGGAAGCGCAUCAUCAUUAUCCUUUAUAAGGAAUUGGAGCACAUGAACGGCAUCGACAGUGAGCUGCGGGCGUACCUCAAGCUGAACACCUACCUCAAGUGGGGUGAUCCGCUCUUCUGGAGCAAGCUGUGCUAUGCGAUGCCCCACAAUCGGAGGGUACUCAAGGGGCAGAAGAAGCACGCAGGUCCCCUCAUUUGAGCCACAUGCCUUCAACGGUCUUUGGAAAUAAAAUCGAAACCAGGCCCAUUCGAUUCUACAGGUGCAUUUUCCCCAGGCAUCAUUAGAUCUCAGGAUCUUAUGAGAAAUGUAUUACGAUUUCGUAUUAAAUGAGCCGUUGUCCUUGCAGGGUCUGAAAUAAAACAGAUGUGUCUGACUCUUCAGAGAAUAUAUAUUCUUUAGCCUUGAACAUGGUUAUAUAGACAUUACCGCAUGUUCGUCUGUUUCUAAACGCUUUAAUCAGUUUUGAAGCUUUGAAAACUAGCUUAACGAGAAUAUCAUUUUGCUGUAAUGGAUAUUAUUGGAACUGUCCAAUCAAAAAGGAUAAAUAUGUUUCUGCGGGGUAAUAGAACCUUUGGCUUGCGAGUGUUUAGCCCUUACUAUAUGUGAUUUAUAAUUGCCUAUUUAUUUAAAAAAUAAAGUAAAAACUAACUUAAUUUUAAGAUUCAACACCAAUGAUAUUUGUAUUAAUUAAAUUAUAUUUUGCUUUUAAUAUAGUUAGUUAUCUUAGUACUGCAAUAAAAUAAAACAAUAUGUAUUGAAAUGUUUCUGAAUUUCCUUGCCCAAAAAAAUGUUUUAGUUAAUCCAGUUAUAUUUGACAUCCGUUUUCCAUUAAAUUAAAACCUUAGCCUUAGAUACGCGAAUAAUAUUAAUAGGCUUAAGGACAGAUAGAGGAGGCUUUAUCAUCAGAACUUGGAGUUGAGUUAAAGCAUGGAAGAAACUUCA